AAUUAGCAUGAAUGUGCGCGCGAAAGGAUGAAUGUCUAUAUUUGUUUGUAAUCUUUAUAUGCUUAUGUUGAGAUUUAUCAUUGGUGACAUUUCACCAUAACGUAAAAACACAGAAAAUAAGUGCCUACAACACGAAUGGUUACCUCAAAUAGAACAAUUACCGAGCGUAAACAAUGCUGAAUGAGGGAGUGGUGACCCGAGGGCAGCGUAGGCAUGUCGCCGUGAAGGUAGUAAGACAAGGAAAAGGUCUUGCUGCCCUGACUGCCGAACCGAGAAGACGAUCUAACCUGCUCUUGGGUAUAAUUGUAAAGGACGAUACCACAUUCCCUACAUUCAUAUUCCUCGGGACCUUGGGCGCCGCCCAUCAUCGCCAAGGAAUACCGGCAGAGAGGCCCGGGGUGUGUGGGCGUGUGUGGGCGAGUGGAACACAUCCAACGAAGACGGAGUACGGGCAGGCCCACAGUACGUGUCUAAGUAGGCGUGGACACGUGGAGCCUGUAACGCACGAUCCACUGACGUUUUCUCGGCCCCACGCACGUUGUCGAUGCCGUGAAUACCCUCACCCGUCCUGUAUCAUCCGUGGGAACGGAUAAAUCGGAUGAACUACGUGUAUAGUGCACAAACAGUGUAGUGACUACGUCCGAUACCAGUAUUACCAUGUGUGAACGUCAGUGUCACUCGUGGCAGUGAACGUCAGUGUACCGCUCGUGGCAGUGAACGUCAGUGUACCG